AUGGCAAUAGAGAUGAGAACUAUCAGAAAUGGUCCUGCACACUUACUUUACAACAGUCUGAUCCGUGGUGGAGGGUGUGCGGUCAUCUCUCACAUUCCCAGCGGACAGACGUUUUACUUUCCAUGUAGCUCUGUUGAGGGACGCUAUGUCACUGUGUUCCUCCCAGGAAGCGGGAAGGUCCUAAAUCUCUGCGAGGUUGAAGUGUACUACGGAUACCCAUUACCCAAUGUGGCACUCAAAGGAGAAGCUACCCAGUCAUCUACACUCUCUGUUGCCACUGCGUCCAAAGCCAUCGAUGGCAGACGGAACUCGUUCUAUAGCAAUGGGUUCUGUAGCCACACGGCUGAAGACGAGACCAACCCCUGGUGGAGGGUGGACCUGCAGCGAAGCUUUACAAUCACUGCUGUAAAAGUCACCAACAGAGGAGACUGCUGUGCUGAAAGACUGGAUGGAGCUGAGAUCAGAAUAGGAAACUCACUGGAGAACAAUGGAAACAAUAAUCCCAGGUGUGCUUCCAUCUCACAUAUCAAUGCGGGUAAAACCUACACAUACCGGUGUGAUGGAGGUAGCAUGGAGGGUCGCUUUGUGAACUUGUUUCUUCCUGGACAGAAGAAGACUCUCACCCUGUGUGAAGUGGAGGUGUAUGCUGCCCCAGCAGUGGAGCCGCUUUCAAAUGUGGCCUUAAGCAAGCCAACAGUACAGUCAUCGACUUCGUCACCAUAUCUGUCUUCCAAAGCUGUUGAUGGGUACAAAAAUGGAAACAUCUACGGUGCAGGCUUUACCCACACUUUAGAUGAAAAAAAUCCCUGGUGGAGAGUAGACUUGUUAGCCGUGUAUAAAGUCAGUGCUGUCACCAUCAUCAACAGACAGGACUGUUGUUCUGAAAGGAUUCUUGGGGCAGAGAUUCGGAUCGGGAACUCACUGGAUCAAAAUGGAAAUCAAAACCCGAGGUGUGGCAUUAUUGAAUCAUUAGAUGGUACACCAACAUACACAUUCCAGUGUCAUGAAAUGGAAGGUCGCUACAUCAAUGUGAUCAUACCAGCGCUUCUGAGAGCUCUGACGCUGUGUGAAGUGCAGGUGUUUGCUUCUCUGCCUGCACCAGAAGCUGUUACUCCUUCACCCACUCCUCCCACCCCUCCUCCGCCUGUGAGCCUGCAGCUUGGUGGCAGGAACGUGAUGGUUGUGGGAGAGAGGCUCUGCUGGUCCGAUGCUUUGAUGUACUGUAGACGUUAUUACUGGGACCUGCUCAGCCUUCUCAGCCAACAGGAGCAAAGCGAGUUGGAGCAGCUGCUGGGCCUCGUUCCUUUCUCCCUCACAGACCACAUCUGGAUGGGACUGCGCAGAUCCUUGAAUAGAGAUGACUGGUUCUGGAUGUCCGGACACUCCAUGAAUUUCUUCAACUGGCCACAAGAUUUUGUCCCUUACUAUUACUCCAGCAUGUGUGGAGCCAUGAGCAAUGGAGAGCACUUCAUGUGGCAGGACCUGCACUGUGGGGAACACGUCAACUUCAUCUGCCAAUCAGGUGCUGGGGACAAUGUGCAAAGAGUGGAUUUCUACAGCACCAAGAAUGUCACAAGUGUAAAGUAA